AUGCCCACUCAAGUUCGUAUCUUUUCGCGACCUAGGCCCCUCGGCGAGACUCUCGAAAAGACCACCUCUCUAUCCUCAGUUCCUCGCUCCGUCCCAGACACCACUGACCAACUUUGGAAACAAGACGAACCGUCGAAACCGAAAGAGAGCACCAAAGACGCCCGCUCUAUGGCAGUAUACACCGAAAAAUCCGUCGAGGGCGGUGUCACAUUCGCUGGCCAGGACAAGCUCAAACACCUGCCCAUCCCCGAGUUGGAGGUUACCGCGCAGAAGUACCUUACAGCUCUCAAGCCGCUACAGUCCGCACGGGAACAUUCCGAGACCAAGCAAGCCGUCGAGGAAUUUCUGAGGAACGAUGGCCCGCUUCUGCAGGAGAAGUUGAAGACUUACGCCCAGGACAAGACCAGCUACAUUGAACAAUUCUGGUAUGACUCUUACCUGAACUUUGACAACCCGGUUGUUCUCAACCUGAACCCCUUUUUCCUGCUGGAAGAUGACCCCACUCCCGCAAGAAACAAUCAGGUGACGCGGGCGGCAUCGCUCGUCGUGUCGGCUCUGGAGUUCGUCAGAGCCGUUCGCAAGGAGGAGCUCCCUCCCGACAACAUCAAAGGCCAGCCCCUCUGCAUGUACCAGUACUCGAGGCUCUUUGGGACAGCACGCGUGCCCACGGAAAAUGGGUGCCAAAUCGAGCAGGACCCAGACUCGAAGCACAUUAUCGUCAUGUGCCACGGGCAGUUCUACUGGUUCGACGUUUUGGACGACAACAACGACCUCAUCAUGAGCGAGAAGGACGUGUCCAUCAACCUGCAGACCAUCAUCGACGACGCCGCACAGACACCGAUUCAAGAUGCGGCCAAGGGAGCGCUCGGCGUGCUGAGCACGGAGAACCGGAAGAUCUGGUCGGGACUGAGAGACGUCCUGACCAGGGAGGAAGGCUCCAACAACGCCGACUGUCUGGGCAUCGUCGACUCGGCAUUGUUCGUCCUGUGCCUGGACUACACGGAGCCGGUCGACGCCGACGCACUGUGUGGUAACAUGCUAUGCGGCACCAGUCUGGUCGAGAAGGGCGUGCAGAUCGGGACCUGCACCAACAGAUGGUACGACAAGCUGCAGAUCAUUGUGUGCAAGAACGGCAGCGCCGGCAUCAACUUUGAGCACACGGGCGUCGACGGCCACACGGUCCUGAGGUUCGCCAGCGACGUGUACACGGACACGAUACUGCGCUUCGCCAGGACCAUCAACGGCCAGGCCCCCACCCUCUGGGCCACCACCAGUCCCGACCCGGCCAAGCGGGACCCCGACAGCUUCGGCGAGGUUGACCCCACCCCGCACAAACUGGAGUGGGACAUGAGCCCGGAACUCAGCAUCGCCGUACGCUUCGCCGAGACCCGGCUGGCCGACCUCAUUGAGCAGAACGAGUUCAAGACGCUCGACUUUAAGCACUACGGCAAGAACUUUAUGACGUCGAUGGGAUUUUCCCCGGACGCCUUUGUGCAGAUGGCCUUCCAGGCCGCCUACUACGGCCUUUACGGCCGCGUUGAGUGCACCUACGAGCCCGCCAUGACUAAGAUCUUCCUGCACGGCCGCACCGAGGCGAUCCGCAGCGUGUCCGAGGAGUCGGUCAACUUUGUCCAGACCUUUUGGGCCGACAACCCGGCCGAGCACAAGGUCGAGGCCCUCCGCAAGGCGUGCCAGCGCCACGUCAACACCACCCGCGAGUGCGCAAAGGCCGAGGGCUGCGACCGCCACCUCUACGCCCUCUUCUGCACCUGGCAGCGGUCCAUGGACGACGACGUCGCCAGCAGCUCCAACGGCUACUCGAGCCCCGUCGACGGGUACUCGGAGCGGGACGAGUCCGCCGUCGGCAGCCCCGGCAGGGACUCGGUCCUGUCGCUCAACGGCGCCGAGGUACAGUCGGCGGGCCGCGCGCGGGGGGACAGCACCAACUCGCGCAACGGCCACGGCCAUGGCCACGGGUCCGCGAUGCCGCACAUUUUUGCCGACUCCGGAUGGGACAAGCUCAACAACACCAUCAUGUCGACGUCCAACUGCGGCAACCCGUCGCUGCGGCAGUUCGGCUUCGGGCCGACGUCGGGCGACGGCUUCGGCAUCGGGUACAUCAUCAAGGACGAGGGCAUCUCCAUCUGCGUGUCGAGCAAGCACCGGCAGACGAAGCGCUUCGUCGACACCCUCGAGAGCUACCUCCUCGAGGUGCGGCGCAUCCUGCGCAUCACGUCCCGCCGCGGCACGGGCGUCCGGCAGACCCGCGCCCGGGAGCUCGACCAGCAGACCCGGCCGAAGCCGCCCAAGGGCAUCAAGUCCCGCGGCCGGCUCAUCACCGCGCAGGACGCCAUCAAGCCGUCCGUGGCGCGGUCGUCGACGGGCACGCAGUCGCCGACCGAGGAGAGCGUCACGCUCAGCGAGGACGACGAACUCGGCGGAUAUGGCUUCUUCGACGCCGGCAUGCUCCUCCAGGCCCUCAAGGCGCGCGGGGAGAACAUGGACAGCGGGGAGACGAAGCCCUCGGAGCGGGCGGCCGUGCAGGCGCGCCGCAGGGAGAUUGGCAAGAAGCUGCGGCUGAUCGACUACUAG